CGAGAGGUAAACAAACGGCCGCCGCUUCCUGUGAUAUUCACAGAUAGCCUCCUCGUGUUCGUACAUUUGUAAAUAAGUUAGAUACAUUUGGUGCACACACAUUUUCUUUUUCAGCGUGUUCAUUUUGGAGUCGUUGUCAGUCCUACGAAAUUACUGGAAUUUCACAACCCAUUGUGCUAACGGCUAGCUAGCUAAUUAAGCUAAUUAAGCUAGCUAGCUAGCUAAGCUACGUGUAGUCGACGUGCACAUCACUCCAGCGAUUUAUAAAUAGCUGUCCGUCCUCUACUGCCCUGUCUCCACGGAAAUAAGACUCCAAGCAGCAAACACUUGAUGUUUAUGGAGAAUAAUGGAUAACCUUGCAUCAAAUAAGAGCCACAUACCCUGUCAGUCGUGGGCGGGCCAGAAUGUCUGGUCCACCGCUUCAACUCAAGGAUCCCUCCUCAACCCACUUCCCAGCUCUCAGCAUCUCAGCCUGGGCUCGUCUUCUGACCAGAGACCCUCCUACGACCACCUGCAGGAAUCCAAUCAGAGCUGUAUGAGCGACCUCGGCUCCUUAUCAUCCAGAAACGACGCUCAUCACGCCGCUCUGUACAAGGCCUCUCUCAUCAGCAGCAAUCCGUCCUCCAACGCGCUGUUUGCCAACACUACUGUCCCUGGCACCUCUCACAUGAUCUCCUUCCCCCAGCAAACCUCUCACACUUCAUCAAUGCUGCUAACCGCAAACCACGGCAAAAACAUACCGCCACCGUCUCUUCCCCGAACAAACCAAGCUCCACAGCCUUGUGGGCCACAACUUCUACCACUUUUCUCAACCAACAUCCCUUACAAAGCCCCAUUUCAACCUCCACUGUCCAAUCAGAGUUUACCAAACGGACUUCUGCCAGUUAGCCUGCCGCCAUGUGGACAACAUGUAAGUACGUCUCACGCUACUUUUGAUGGGAUGAAUGUGGAGUUGUGUGGUGUUCCUGGAUACACUCGCAGCCAUGCCUCAUCCGCUUCUCAGGAGCAGAGUCAGUGGAUAUCUCCAUCACACUGCAGGGGAGCUGUAAACGAGUCUAUCCCUGACACAGCUGCUCAUCCUAAAAACAAGCCAUCGCAAGAGGGGAAGAGUAGUCCACCGGCCAACAAUGAGAGACAACGUCAAGUGCUUUUACAUCAGCGUGCACAACUACUUCAACAAGUGGCAGAGCUGGAUAAACUUCUGGAAUCAAUCCCCCCAGAGGAGAGCAGUGAUGGGAAGUCUCCACACAAAGCUGUACAGUCUCGUCCAUCAAUGAAUGAUUCAUCUCACUGUGAACAAUCCAAGACCGGAGAUGCACAGCAGGUUCAGCAGUCUGCAGGAAAGUCAAAGUCACAGUCGCAUCUUUUGUCGGACUGUUCAUCUCCUGCGUCCUGUGAUGAACAAAGUGAGGCCUGUGAUACAGCAGACGAUCUAAUGUCAGCAGCCGAAUCAGAGAAAGAAGAAUCGGCCGAAGACAGUGAUUCUGAUUUCCUCCACGACAGUGAUGGAGACUUCUCUGACUUCCUGUCUGACUCUGACUGGGGCUCUUCAGAUGAGUCCGGUCACAGCAGGCCCUCGACCCCCGCAGUAGAAACACCUCCUCUGCCGGAUAACAAAGGGCCGAAAUCAGGAAGCUCUUUGGUUCAAGAAAAAAGCGUCGCUCCCCCAAAAAAGAUCCGCCCAACUAAUCUGAGGAAUUCUUUUGAAACCGUCGUGCUACCAAGUUCAAAUUCUACAGAAAAACGCGUUUAUGACCGGAGGAAUUAUUGUUUGUUUUGCACUAACCCGCUGUCCAAAAUGUCGCGUCAUCUUGAGAGGAUCCACAGCGACAAACCGGAGGUUGCCGCUGCGUUUCAGUACCCCAAAAACUCCAGAGAAAGACAAAAAGUAUGGAACAGACUAAUAAAUCAAGGCAACUUUGCUCAUAACAAAGAAGUCAUGAAAACAGGAAUGGGCCAACUUGUUUCCCGGAAAAGGCCGAAGAAAACGCAGAGAGCCAAAGACUUCCUUCAUUGUCUGUACUGUCGAGGUCUUUUCAUAAAGACCGCCAUGCACAGACACAUGAAGUCGUGCCCAGAGAAAGUGACGAAUGAAGAUGAACCAGAGAUCGGAAGAAAGCGCAUCGCAUUGCAGUGUGUGCUGGAAACCGUAGAGGACCUCGGAAUAAGCGAUGGUUUUAAGAGCCUUCUGUCCCCGAUGGUUUUCGACGACGUGACACAAGCGAUCAUGGCCGACGAGAUCAUCUUGCAGUUUGGCGAGGACCUCUUUAACCAGGAUGGAUCCAAUCCGAAGAAGCAUCCUUACAUACGACAAAACCUUCGUCAGAUAGCGAGACUUGUACUCGAAGCUCAGAAUAUAACCCCUCUGAAGAAACUGGAGGACUUCUUUCUCCCUUCAAGCUUCCCACAUGUGGUGUCUGCGGUGAACGCCCUGGCAGGCUACAAUCCAGAAACCAAAACGUACGGCAUCCCGUCGCUCGCCAUCAAGCUCGGCUACGACCUGCAGAAGACCUGCAGUAUUGUUGAGGGCAACGCCGUGAAGCGCGGCGACGCAACCUUGGCCGAGUCUGCGAGAAACUUCCUCGCCGUGUACCAGGAAAAGUGGAACGGGCUCGUUUCUGCAGGAGCAUUGUUGGCAAUCAGAGAAACCAAAUUGAACAGGGAGAAGAAGGUGCCGUUCGCUCAAGACGUGAAGCGCCUGAAUUCCCACAUGGAGAACGUUCAUCUUCUUGCAGAACAGAACCUCAGAGACGCAAAGUCUGCAGAAAACUACGCCGCUCUGGCCAAGGUAACGCUCGCUCGGACAAUACUCUUCAACAGGAGAAGUCUCGCGGAGAUAGCGUCGAUGGAACUAACGGCUUUUAAGUCACGGAAAAAAUCUAACUCUCAAGACGGCUUGGACAUAUCCGUCUCAGAUUUGGAAAGGAACAUGUGCGAGUUCUUCACAAGAGUUGACGUUCGAGGGAAGUGUGGGAGAAUGGUCCCUGUUUUACUAAAACCGUCGUUCGUGUCGGCUAUGGAGCUCCUCACGGAUGUACGCAAGACGUGUGGAGUCCCCAGACAGAAUCCCUUCAUUUUCGGCCGACCGCAAGGCCUGUCUGCCUACCACGGGUCAGAGUGCAUCCAAAAAUAUGUCAAAGAAUGUGGAGCGAAAGACCCUGAAGCGCUGACAUCCGCGAAGAUCCGGAGGCAUUACGGAACAAUGCUGCAGCUGAUAAACCUGGAUGAAAACGAGGCCGCCCAGAUUCUAGGCCCUAAUAAUCAAGUCCAAAUCCUGCGCGAGGACAGCGGCAUGCGGCUGGAUGACGUUGAGAUGCACUUUGAUGAUGUCGGUCAUGGAAGAGCACACGGAGCAACGACAGACGCCAGCGUGUUUGUAUCUCCAAAAUCGGACAAAGAAGGCUCCAAAUAUAAGGGGAAACAUAAAUGGGAGGAAGCAGAGGUUCUUGCUGUUGAAAGACACAUGAUGCACCUAAUUAAGGGACAAAAGAUUCCUCAGAAAAACGAAUGCAUUCAGUGUCUCGAGGCGGAGCCUAAAGCGCUGAGGAUCCGUUCGUGGAAAGGUGUGAAAGACUACGUCAGAAACAGGAUCACUGCCCUGAAAAGGCAAAGCGUAACUCCCAAAGCUACACACUGAAACAGUAUUUAUAGACGGGAUGUUUUGUUGAUGUUUUCCCUCUUGCAUUUUCCUUUCCUUCCCCACCCUCUGCGUCUCUUGUGCCACAUUACGAGCGUUUACAUCCAUUAAAAUGGCCAAGAAUAGAUUUACAUUUCAUCAUUUUUAUUUCCGUAGAUUACGACUCAAUUAAUUUGUAAAACCGUAUAUUUUUCACUGUGUUUUUGUUCAUCCAGAUAGACGGCUCAUGCAUACGGACACAUAAUGUGGAAUCCUCUAAUGGAUAAAUAGUACGUUUUUGGAGCUGUAAGUUAACUUCUGUGACCGGGGUAUAAAGUAUACUGUAAUUUGUUAUUCUCUUUGGUAUACUGCCUUUUGUUUGACUUUGUAUAACA